UGGCGCUGAGCGAGACAGACAAGGCCUAAAGCAGGGUGCUUUUGUUACAGCUAGAGCUAGAGGAAGAGGAAGCCAACUGAAAAUAAAAUACAUAAGGGGGCGAAAUUUAUACAUAAUUCCCACCUAGAUUCCGCAAAAAAGAUUAGGCCCCUUUAGGUUCUACAGCAUAUAGACAAGCCAUGGGGACCGAGCAGUGACCGUAAAUUGCCCCUACUAAUGAAUUGCGUUAGGAACGGAGAGGCCUCCACUAAUAUUUUCCCAAGAUUUUUUAUUUUCUCUCUCUUUGUAAAUUGCUCAGGGAAGCGCGGAUAUCUGGUGUAUGUGUUUAGAAUGGGACACGCUGAAGGUCCAGUCAGAGAAACGGACAGUUAAGGAUGCAGGAGCACAACAAUGGAUUUCUCCUUCUCUUUCAUGCAAGGGAUCAUGGGAAAUACAAUUCAGCAACCCCCUCAACUCAUUGACUCAGCCAACAUCCGGCAGGAGGGCGCCUACGACACCGGCAGUGAUGCGGGCGAGGAUGGAGGCCCCUCCUACGACGCUGCUUUGGAGGCAGAGUUCUCCUACCCACCCUCGGCCUCCGAGGACAUGCCCCCGGUCUCCAACGGAUACCCCCCUGGACUGGGGCUGUAUGAGCCCCAGGCCAAGUUCUCCAUGUACCCCCAGUUCUCUAAUGGCUCAGCCAACGGCUACGGGGCCAUCCGGAGCUAUGGAGAGCACUGUCUCAUGCCUGGGGAGGGAACGGUCCUGAGGGCCCCUGUUCUUCAGGAGAGACCCCCCUCCCCUCUGUCUCCACCUUCACACCACCUACACCCCCAUCUACAUCACCACCACCAUCCUCAUCACUACCACCCACACAUGCCCCUGCCUUCCCAGCACCAUCUCCCCCCGCCGCCCCACCUCAUGUCCCAUGUGCUUCCCCCUCCACCUCCAUUGCUCCUGCCCUCCACCAGCCCUCCGCCAUCCCUGCUGGACAGCACCUCGCACCCCCCUCACACCCCCUCUACUACCACUGCUGGUUCCAGCGGGAUUUUGAAGAAGACCAGCUCUCCGGAGAUCAAGCUGAAGAUCAUAAAGACGUACCAGGACGGGAGGGAGCAGUUUGAGUCAGCGCUGUGCGGAGACCUGCUGCAGGAGUCCCAGGCCAGCGAGGCCUCGCAUACCCACAGCAGACACGAGAGGAAGAAGGAGAAGAGGAAAAAGACUGCCGUGCCACAAGACGAGGAGCAGCCGCUGGUUGACCAUGUAGAGCAGGCCAGGGUCUCGGAGGCACACGCCCAGGUCCAGUCUCACACCCCAUCACAGGAGCUGUCUGAGGGACAGACGGAGAAGCUCCAGAAGACCCCCAUCAAAGCAGAGCCCAAGACAACUAAGGUCCAGAAACAGUUCCCUACAGUGAUAACCGGUACAGGCUGCUGUAAGGACCAUGAGGUGGGGGACCUGGUGUGGGCUAAGGUUGGGACAUACCCCUGGUGGCCUUGUAUGGUCUCCUGUGACCCCCAGAUGAAUGUCCACACACGCAUCAACACCCGAGGUCACAGAGAGUACCAUGUUCAGUUCUUUGGUAGCGUGGCGGAGCGGGCCUGGAUCCACGAGAAGAGGGUGGUCACGUACCAGGGAGAACACCAGUUUGAUGAGCUGCAGGCCGAGACGCUACGCAAGACCACCAACGCUGCCGAGAGGCACAAGCUGAUGAAGCCCUUCCCCCAGAGAGAGCGUGCUCAGUGGGAGGUGGGCGUUGGCCACGCAGAGGAUGCCUUCCUGAUGACGCAGCAGGAGCGCAUCGACAACUACACCUUCAUCUACGUGGACCCUGACCCCAAUGCCCCUCCACCCUCCAAGAAGACCCCUGCCAGGGCCGCUGGCCGCAACCAACGCUCUUCCAGCUCAACCAAUAAGAAAGAUGUAGCGGUGACAUCGCCAGAGCGGGUGGAGCCUGCCCGAAGACAACCUCGUAGGCAGUGUAGUGUUCCAAAUGCUGACAACCCGGCUGAGCCCCAGACCUCAGAGGGAGAGAAGGACCAAUGCGGGGAUCCUAGCCAAGCCAGUCCCCCAGCCUGUGAGGCCCUGUCCGAGGCAGGCGGAACCCAGGAGCCCCCUGCUCCGGUACGGGCCUGGAAGACAGCCGCUGCCAGGAAGCUGUUGCCUCUCUCCAUUACCAUGAAGAAACUUAAUGUUGAGAUCACCAAGUGUGACCAAAUGUGGCCCCUGCUGCAGAGGAAGGUUUUGCCCUCACCCCAGAGGGAGAGGAAUGAGGGGGAGGGCCGACAGGCCGACCUGGGAUACUGCUCACCUGAGCAGGGCUGUGGUGUUAAAGCAGAACCAGGGCCCGGGGAAGAGGAGGAGGGCGACGAAGGGGAGGAGAGAGAGGAGAGAAGAAGUGACCCGGAAGCAGCACUGCACCCCUCACCACGGUCACAGCACAGCACCCCACCAGGGUCUCUGGAGCGCAAGCAGCAGCGCAGGUCAGUGAGGAGCAGAUCAGAGUCCGAGAAGGGCUGUGAGCCGGUCCCCAAGAAGAAGACCAAAAAGGAACAGGCUGAAAUGGCUCCUGAAACCACUCUGAGAACAGGCUCACAGAAAGGUGCCAGUGAGAUCUCUGAUGCCUGUAAGCCUCUGAAGAAACGCAGCAGGGCCUCCACGGAUGUAGAGAUGGCAUCUUCUCAGUACAGAGACACAUCGGACUCUGACUCUAGAGGUCUCAAUGACCCCCAGAGUCUGUUUGGGAAGAGUUUGGACAGCCCAGCAGCAGCGGAUGCCGAUGUGUCUGACAGCCAGUCAGUGGACUCCAGUCUGUCCAGGCAGGGAAGCAGCACAGCCAAGAGAGAUACGGUCUGCCAGAUCUGUGAGGUGUAUGGAGAGAGCCUGGUGUCGUGUGAGGGGGACUGCUGUCGGCUGUUCCACCUGGAGUGCCUGGGCCUCACCUCCCUACCUGAGGGCAAGUUCACCUGUCUGGAAUGUAGGAACGGCUCUCACUCGUGUUUCAGCUGCAAGGUGGGAGAAGGGGAGGUGGUGCGUUGUUUGGUGGUUGGCUGCGGGCGGUAUUACCAUGACGACUGCGUGCGUAAGCUCCCUGGCACGGUUGGGGGUGGAACGGGCGGGGGGUUCCGCUGCCCCCAACAUACCUGCUCUACCUGUUGCCUGGAGAGAGACUUGCACCAGGCCACCAAAGGCCGUAUGAUGCGUUGUUUGCGCUGCCCGGUGGCGUACCACACGGGGGACAGCUGCGUGGCAGCGGGCAGCGUGGUCCUCACCCACCACAUCAUCAUCUGCAGCAGCCAUGGCACGGCCAAGAGGAACGGCCUCCUCUCCUCUCCCAUCAACGUCACCUGGUGCUUCCUUUGUGCCCGAGGACUGUUAGUGCAGGACCUUACUGACACCAUAUUAAGUUCAUAUGCCUAUAAGUCCCACUACCUUCUGACUGAGUCAAAUCGUGCUGAGUUGAAAUUACCUAUGAUUCCCUCUUCUUCGUCAGCUACCAAAAAGAAUAUUGGGAAAGGAGGAAAGUUGCUGUGCUGUGAGUCGUGCCCGGCGUCGUUCCACCCCGAGUGUUUGGAGAUGGAAAUCCCAGAGGGGGCGUGGUCGUGCAGGGAGUGCAGGGCAGGAAGGAAACCCCACUACAAACAGAUAGUCUGGGUCAAACUAGGAAACUACAGGUGGUGGCCAGCUGAGAUAUGUAACCCUCGUCUGGUGCCUCCCAACAUCCAGACACUCCGCCACGACAUUGGAGACUUCCCUGUCUUCUUCUUUGGUUCCCAUGACUACUACUGGAUCAACCAGGGUCGUGUGUUCCCCUACAUGGAGAAUGACAAGACCCCUGUCACAGGCCAGGUUAACAUCAACAAGACCUUCAAGAAAGCUCUGGAGGAGGCUGCCAGGAGGUUCCACGAGCUCAAGGCGCAGAGGGAGAGCAGAGAGGCCCUGGAGCAGGAACGUAACUCACGCAAACCGCCGCCUUACAAGUUCAUCAAGUCCAACAAGCCGGUGGGGAAGGUGCAGGUGCACGUAGCUGACCUGUCUGAAAUCCCAAGAUGCAACUGCAAGCCCACAGACGAACACCCCUGUAGCCUGGACUCCCAGUGUCUCAAUCGCAUGCUGCAGUACGAGUGUCACCCACAGGUGUGUCCUGCCGGCGAUCGAUGUGAGAACCAAUGCUUCUCGAAGCGUCUGUACUCUGAGACAGAGGUUAUCAAGACAGAAGGUUGUGGCUGGGGCCUCAAGACCAACCAGGCGCUCAGGAAGGGAGAUUUUGUGACGGAGUAUGUGGGCGAGGUGAUCGACUCAGAGGAGUGCCAGCAGCGAAUCAAGCGAGCUCACGAGAACCGGGUGACCAACUUCUACAUGCUCACCCUCACUAAGGACCGGGUGAUAGACGCUGGGCCAAAAGGGAAUUCCUCACGCUUCAUUAAUCACAGCUGCAGCCCCAACUGUGAGACGCAGAAAUGGACGGUCAACGGAGAUGUUCGCAUAGGGCUGUUCACCCUGUGUGACAUAGACGCUGGCACCGAGUUGACGUUUAACUAUAACCUGGACUUGGUGGGGAACCGGAGGUCGUCGUGUCACUGUGGAGCUGAGAACUGCUCUGGCUUCCUGGGGGUGCGGCCUACGAGCGCUGUGGUGAUGGAAAAGGAGGAGAAGGCGAGGAACGCCAAGCUGAAGCCUAAAAAGCGUAAGCUGCGACCAGAGGGGAAACACACACACGAGUACUUCUGCUUCUGGUGUGGAGAGGCCGGGGAGCUGGUCAUGUGUGACAAGAAAGACUGUCCUAAAUCAUACCACCUGCUGUGUCUCAACCUCACCAAACCUCCAUACGGCCGUUGGGAGUGCCCAUGGCAUGACUGCAGUGUGUGUGGUGUCCCCGCCUCUGCCCAAUGUGACUUCUGCCCUCGCUCAUUCUGCCGGGGUCACGAGGCGGGGUCUCUCACCCCCUCGACCCUGGAGGGUCGGCUCUGCUGCUCCAACCACGACCCCCUCAGCCCUUUGGGUCCCAGCGCCCACCCCCCACGCACUCAAACCCCGGGCACAGUCAGCGUCAAGGAAGAGCCAGAGGACCCCGAGGAGGAGCAUGGCCAGCUGGACAGAGAGUAAAGCGGUCUCCAACAGCGCCCUGUUCCCUAUCUAGUGCCAUAGAAAUAGAGCCCUAUGGCUAUGGGGAAGAGGGUGCGAUUAGAGAUGUGCCCUCAGGUGAGAGUAACCAGAACUGCAGCCGCCAGUUGGACUGGACAGACAGACAGAGACUGACAGGCGCAGACUUGGUGUGAGCAGUUCAGAGCUCCUCUGUGUCUGCUGAUGGCACAAGUGGAGGAGGGGCCAAGGGGAGGUGGAGAUCUGUGCCCGUAGGCCUGCCUUUCUCUCUGGCCACUGGCAUCAACCCCAAAAUGCCUAGUGUUUGUUUCACCACUUCCGUGGGAUUCUGUCAUUGCCACACACGUGGAAUCUCAGCGUUAGUGUUCUUGGUGACUGGCACUUUGAAGAAUUCACUGAGGUGGUUGGAGAGGAGGCGGAAACCUUACUCCAUCAUGCUGCUUUUCUCUUUGUUUACUUCCUGUGAGCUGGGGUUGCUAGGGGCCCAUUGCCAGGGGCCAGGUGCCACUUCACAUCCCAGAAGGCUUUGCUGUGUGUUGGUAAGCCAGCAGAGCCGGUCCACAUCACUCCAUUCAUCAUCCACCAUACCCCUGUUCAGCUCUCCAUUCACAACAAGAGGAAAACAGAUUUGUGCAAUUUUCAGGAUCACACUACAUUCCGACUUUCCUUAUACCUGUUUUUGAUAUACUUAUGCCUAUAGACGAAUAUACAUAUAUAUAUAUAUAUAUCUAUGUUUGUUAAUGUUUACAGACAGAUUCUCUUCAUCUUGAUGAGUGCUGUAUUGUUUCUGUUUAGGUGUUUAGCAUUGCGCAGAUCUUGUGAAUAUAGUCCUUCUAAUCAGGUGAAGUAUUAUGGCAUAUAGUGUAAUGUUAUGACAUCACAUUACAUUUCUGUUCCAUUGGUCAGUUCCCCUGGGCCCUGUCUCCAUUGUGUACAUAAUUGGCUCAUGUUGUAAACCUUAGGAGAAAGGGAGGGUCUGUGUUGACAGCCCGUUCACCCUUUUUAAACAUACAACGGAAAUCCAUUCAUUAAAACCGAGAGGACAAGCGGCAUCGGCCCUGGUGAUUAUUUACUUCUAGGAGUUGGUGGUACACUUCAGUUGAUCAGUAAACAGAGUGCUAAGCUGGUUGUACUGCAGCCAGGCAAGAGGGUCUGUUUGUAAUACAUUGACCUGAUAAAUACACAGUUGGCUUGUCAUCGGCCUUGUGUGCAGUAAUGUAAGUUGUGGACCGUACCACAGCCAUAUAUUUGGAUUAACGUGAAGAUAUGGCUUUCUACUGUGCAUAGAAUUGUCAUGUUAAAAUGGUUCUCAAAGCACUUUCAAAGGUUAUUGCUACAUACUUUAGGUAGGUCAUACCAUGGGUACAUGUACUGUAUAUAAUAGACCAUAUGACAUUGUACAUGCUUGAAACGGAUACCGAUUUUCUGUAGUAAUGUAGGAAUUGUAACUUCUGCUCUAGGUCCAACAACAUUAUCCAAAUAUCUUUGUGAGAUUGAAAACGUUCUGACAAGAGUUACUGCCGAUGAUACUUUCUGUUCUUUACCUUAGUAGAAAGACUACCGUCCUCAUCGUCAUUCAAGGUGUGAAGUACAUCCAGUAUUUUCAGUAGUGGGUAUUUAUUGUCACAUUUGGUAUGACUGUGCAUCUUCACUCAUUGAUUUUUUUUUUUAUCAACAAAGUUAUACAUUACUUCAGUAUCAUAUAAAGAUAACAUACAUGUAUCUGUACAGUGUUUUUAAACUCAUUCUCCUAACAGAUUUUUGUAAUUAUAUUACACCUUUUUAUACUAGUUGAUUUAUCUAUCAAAAACACCUAUUGGAAAAUUGCUUUCUCCCAAAGUGUUAAGUAACAUUGAAUAUAAAACAGUAGGGAGCUUUACAUUCCACUAUGUUUGAUAACAGCUGCUACUCAUCAGCCAGGCUGGUUGUGUUGUGACUCACUGUACUAAUGUUAAAGCAGUUAAAACCAAGUGAACAUUGUGAUGUGAAGUAACCGAAUGCUUUAUUCAGCCUGAACUCACAUUGUCAUAUUGAAACUAGACCAUUAAUCUGCUUACCUUGGCUGAGCCUGUGCUUUUUCCUUUCUGGUACGUUACUGAGUCAUUAUAUUAUUAUGUAUCCAUGCCCUUAAAACGGUUGCUCAUCCAAAAAUGCAAGUUUGUCAAACAUUUCCAUACCUCAGUUAUCAAGUGUCAAGCUGUGUCUGCAUUCAGUCUGUCUUAACAAAAAUAGAAUUAGAUGGCAUCAAUAUAUUAUAGGUGUUUGGAAUUGAGACGACCUAAUGCAUAUAGCAGGUUUAAUUUAAUGGAAUAUUGACUCUGUUGUUCUGAAAUUUGCCAAAUUAUUCAAUUUUCUGUAGAUGGGUGUUUGAUUUAGAUAAUUUCAGUACUUAUUCUUGUUAAGUACUGAGAAUUUCAGUACUUAAGUUACUUUGUCAAAUUCUUAACAACCAUUUAAAACUUGAAUUUUCUUUCUUUUUAUUAAUAUUUUUUUUAUUUAUUUAAUGUUUUGUACUACAGACCAAUAUUCAAACUUGAGUAUUUUGCUCAUAACUAAUAUGACAUGGUAUAUACUGGUCAUAGAUAUUAGGCCUAUUCAUUUUGAGCCAAUCUCAGAACCUCUGAAUGUCAUGUUUUUAAAGGUUUUGCUAGUUUCUAAGCCUUCUCUAACUUCAAAUGAGUGACCAUUAUAAAGUGGACCACUGUAUGCUUACCCCAACACACAAGCAAUUUUUGCAGAACUGUAAACAAUGCAUCAAGAUUGUCGAUGCUGGAACUUCCAUUCGGAACGGAAGGCGGGUCUGGUAGUUGGGGACAUCUUUUGUAUACAUUUUUAAAGCUACUUAGUUAUGGUAGAAACAACCACACUUAUUUCAUUGUGUUCUGUUUAUAUCCGUUAUUGCUAUCGCACAGAGAUUAUCCUGGCAACACAGAGGCCUUUAUUUUCCAGGCCAACCCAAAAGCCUUUAUUUUCCAGGCCAACCCGAAAGCCUUUAUUUUCCAGGCCAAAUCAAAAGCCUUUAUUAUCCAGGCCAACCCGAAAGCCUUUAUUCUAAUUUUGCCCCUAUUUUUUUGAACAUUUUGCCAGUAGGGUUGAAACACAACGAUCUGCCUAUACAAUGACAAUAAAAUCGGAGUUGUGUAACAGGUCGUCAUUCUGUUUGGCACCGACAUUCUAAUUUUAAACCAUUUUGUAGUUGCCAUACUUUAGUAACAACAGCACGUCGGUUUUCACUGAAGACCACAUUAUGUUAAACAGUAGGAUUACGAAGACUGUGUUAUUAGUAUUGUCUUCUAACCCAGACAUUUUGUGCAAUAUUAUUUAUUUAUGUCAUUGCGUGUGAUUGACACUCUCCCAUACAUUAGGAAAACCAAUAAUUCUGAGAAACUAGUUUCACCAGUCAAGUAGGGAAUCUGAGCUGGGGUUUCCGCUGGGUUCUAUCUAUCUCGAUGUUGCUUUAAUGAAAAAGGGGAUGAACACAGUUACCAUAUUGUUUUACUGUUCAGCAGUCUUAUUGCAUCAUGUUAAAAUACUUGUACAUAGAUUGCAUUCAACUUGCAUAAGUUCAUGUUACUGUGGCGUGCUAUUGCCUGUAAAAUUCCGCUUCUAAAUAUGUGUGUGACUGUGAGGAUGACACUUUUGUACAUGACUGUCUUUUUAUUUGAAACUAUCGAUUCUGUCUUUUUCAUUCUAAAUGAGGUUGAGGGUGGAGUUCAGACAUGCCUGAAGUUUGACUUAAAUAAAGCUGUACUGUGUCUCA